UUCCUGCAGAUGAAGCAGCUGAAGAGGAAGAGGAAGAGCAACUACAGUGUGAGAGAAACACAGACUCUCAUCAGGGAGAUCCACAAGAGGAGGGACGUGUUGUUUUCCAGACAGCAGAACACAGCCAUUAAUGAGCUGAAGAGACAGGCAUGGGAGGAAGUAGCACGGGGUGUCAACUCGCUGGGGGAGGGAGAGCUUCGCACCGCUGCUGAGGUGAAGCGUCGUUACCUGGACUGGCGUGCUCUGAUGAAAAGAAAACAGCUCCAGGCUGAGCUCUCGCUCUCCUCCUCCUCAUCCUCAUCGGUGGCCCUCAAGACCGAGUAUGAUCAGUCCUCCCCCGAGCACGAGGCAGCUUCUCUGGGAUCUGGGUGUGACCAGCUGCUCGACCUCUCGGGCCUUUCAAAGGACAGUCACUGUGACUGGCCAGAGCUGGCGGCUCUGGGUGAGCCGAGCGAGCAGGCCAUGAUGGCACCGCCGGAUGUGAAGAUGGAGGACGACAUCAAUGACUACAGACUGGAUGGCGAUGGCGAUGUGGGAGAUGGAGAAAUAGAUGACGACGAUAUUCCCUCCCUCCUCAGCGACAUUGAGUCACGUGGUGAGGCGCACAUUGGUGAUGGUUACCCUCAAGACGACUUAAGCACGCUCGGCUCCUCCAAGGCUCCGACCUCCACCUUCACCAGAGACCUGCCACUCGCUGGAGGCCUGAUGGGGAUGCAAGCCCAUGCUCUGGGUGGACUAACCAAUCAUGAAAACAUUGGAGCUGGGUUUCUGGCUGUUGUUGAGAAACAGCGGCUGGAGCUGGAAAAGCAGCGCCUGGCUGUGGAAACUGAACGCCUGGCGGUGGAGAAAGAGCGGCUGGUGGUGGAGAAGGAGCGGCUUCGUCAGAUGGAGGUGGAGCGGGAGAGACUGCAGCUGGACAGAGAGCGGUUACAGGUGGAGCGGGAGAGGCUGAGGCUCCUGCUCCUCAGCCGAUCGGAGCACGUCGACUCCUCCUUUAACCUGCCGCCACAGCAAGACCCGCCCUCGUCCUCCACGUCCUCGUUAUCCUCCACUCACAAUGGACAGAGGGAGAGUAAAGGCUGGAUGUCAGAGGUGAACCUGGAGACAGAGAGGCUGAAACUAGAGAAGGAGAGACUGCAGCUGGAGAAGGAGAGACUGCACUUCUUCAAGUUUGAGGCCGGCAGGCUGCAGAUUGAGAGAGAACGCCUCCAAGUGGAGAAAGAGAGAAUGCAGCUGCACAAAGAUCAUCAGGGCCACUGA